UAAAUCCAAGAAAAAGCAGCCCGACCCGUUUACCAAACCUCCGGCAUUAACGAACAAAUCCGAUAAAUCCCCAUCGCGAAGAGAAUUCCAGAAGAGGGCAAAUUUCUUGAAGAAGACGAAGAGGCGGAGAGAUUGACUGACUAUACGUACAUACAGUUGUACAUAUUGGUACAGACAGAGCGGAAGUGGAAGAGCAUAAGCGCCGAAGGAUAAUUGACGGUGAGCUCAAUUCAGGUCGUCGGGUUCACUACGGAGAUGAACGGCGGCCCAUCUGGUUUCAACAAUGCGCCGGUGACGAGAGCGUUGGUGAUUGUGUGUGCUCUCUUCACAAUCGUCUUUGGAAUUCAAGGCCGUUCCAGCAACCUCGGAUGGUCUUAUCAGGAUAUCUUCAAGAAACUUCAACUCUGGAAGCUAAUUGUAUCUGUAUUUUCCUUUUCAUCUACCCCAGAACUAAUAUUUGGAGCAUAUCUGCUCUACUACUUCCGAGUCUUUGAAAGGCAAAUUGGUUCGAAUAAGUAUUCUGUCUUCAUCCUAUUCUCUGUUAUAGUUUCUUUACUACUAGAGACCAUUGCAUUAAAACUUCUUAAAGAUCCUUCCUUAAGUAUACUCACAUCUGGGCCCUAUGGUUUAAUAUUCUCAUCAUUUGUACCCUUUUAUCUUGACAUACCAGUCUCAACUCGUUUCCGCGUGUUUAGCCUCCAUUUUUCUGACAAGGCAUUUAUUUAUUUAGCUGGUCUUCAGCUUCUUUUUUCAUCUUGGAAAAGGUCUAUUCUGCCGGGCCUCUGUGGAAUUCUUGCUGGUUGCUUGUAUCGUAUGAAUGUUUUCCGCAUUCGGAGGGUGAAGUUUCCAGAUUUUAUUGCUUCCUUCUUCUCCCGACUUUCCUGGCCAUCCACAGGGAGCACACCAUCUCCAGCACCAAGGAAUGCUUUGGGAAAUGUGCCAUCAUAUGCAAGUCGCCAAGUUGAGGGAAACUAUGCUGCUCCUUUGUCUUCUGCUGUAGAGCCACCUGAGGAAUCAAUUACCACGCUAGUAUCGAUGGGCUUUGACAGAAACUCUGCUAGGCAGGCACUCAUCCGUGCUAGAAAUGACGUUAAUGCUGCUACAAACAUCCUUCUUGAAUCACAGUGACAGCAACUGGAUUUGAUAUUUUUGCUUGGAGUAGGAAGGCAGGAAGAUUUGGAUUUUGGAUACAGAGAAUUUGCAUAAAAAAGAAGAUCCAGCUAGCCCUUUAACAUCACCAUUAUUACACCUCUGAAGAUCCAGUCAAGCCACAAAGGCUUUUGUCUUUCAUUUUGUAUAACCUCGGCAUGGCAUUCGGUAUUUAAGCACUAGUCGUCAAUCUAAAGACCACUCGUUUGAUGGCUUAGAUGAUGAGUUUUUCAUUUUCCCGAACAUUUAAAGAUUUGUGAAAUAUUAGGGGGUAUGCAUUGAUAAGGAAUUAGACCACUUUAUUGUGUCAGACUGGAAUAUGCUAUUAGGCUUGUAAAGAUGACAUUUUGCAUUUUCUGUUCAGAUUCUAAAAUUAUGUUGAUAAUUUCA